AUGGCUUCCUCAACUCAUGCCAAGUUCCAAGUUUUCCUGAGUUUCAGAGGUACAGACACUCGUAACAGUUUCACAAGCCAUCUCUAUUCUUCCUUGCAAAGAAAACAAAUAAAAACAUUCAUAGAUUACGAACUCGAAAGAGGAUCAGAGAUUUCGCCAACGCUUUUGAAACUGAUAGAAGAAGCAGCGAUCUCUGUCGUGAUUUUCUCGGAAAAUUAUGCAUAUUCAGCAUGGUGUUUGGAUGAAUUGGUGAAGAUAAUUGAAUGCAAGAAUAUGAAAAAUCAAAUGGUUUUGCCUGUUUUUUACGGCGUUGAUCCGAAUAAUGUUGGUGAGCAGAAAGGGAGUUAUGGAGAUGCAUUUUGUAGGCAUGAGGUGAGUUUUAGUAUUGCCAGACAGAAAAGUUGGAGAAAUGCUUUGAGUGAAGCUGCUAAUUUAUCUGGUUGGGAUUCUCUUGUUAUUAGGCCUGAGUCCAAACUUAUUGAUGAAAUUGUUGAAGAUAUUUGCAAAAAGUUGAACAGUAUGUCUACGUCGUCUCAAGAUUCGGCUGAAAUGUAUUCAGGGACUCCAAGAAUUGAAUCUUCAUUUUGGCAGGCAAAUGCAGGCAUUCCAAGAAUUCAAUCUUCAUUUUGGAAUUGACACACUUCAAACCUCAUUUAAAUCAGGGUUUAGUUUUGUCUCAGUAUUGUCCAAGUCAUUUCCAGAAUAUGCAUGGUGCUUUUGAUUCAAAUAAAUGUAAUAGUAUUUAACUUAUUUAAAAGUUCAUUUACUAAUUUUAACUUU